AUGACCUUCCCCAGGUGGACCUACACUUUGCGGUUAACUACUCAGUCCGCACGUUCCAUGCGAUCUCCCCCAAGGGAGAAACUCAGUGCUGCAUUGAAACCCUUACAGGAGAAACUGAGAAUAUUUGAGGAGUUUAAAGAGAAUUGGGAUAAAACAGCAGAACAUAUAAAGAUUCAGAGUCGUCGCACAGAGACGCAGAUUCAUGAAGAGUUUGAGGAACUUCACCAGCUUCUACAUAAUGAAGAAUCAGCAAGAAUAAGAGCAUUGAGAGAGGAAGAGGAGCAGAAGAGUCAGAAGAUGAAGGAGAAGAUUGAGAAGAUCAAUAGAGACAUUUCAUCUCUUUCACACACAAUCAGAGGUGUAGAGGAGCAGAUGACAGCUGAAGAUGUUUCAUUCCUACAGGUGCUUCAAUCUUCACUCCAAUAUAUGAGGCUAAUUUUCAAUUAUGUCAAUCAUGUCAAUCAUGUGUUUGUGUCUCAACAGAACUUGAAGAGCACGCUGGAGAGAGUUCAGUGUGGAGCGUCAGAUCCAGAGAACAUCUCAGGAAUGAUGAUCAAUGUUGCAAGACAUCUCAACAACCUGAAGUUUACCGUCAUACACAAGAUGAACGACAAUGCUCAAUACACUCCUGUGACUUUAGAUCCAAACACUGCUCACUCUAAACUCCUCGUGUCUGAUGAUCUGAUGAUUGUGAGAUACAGUGAAGAAGCAUCAGAUCUGAUUCCUGAUAAUCCAGAGAGAUAUCGGGAUUCUGUGUAUUUUGUGGGUUCAGAGAGUUUGAGAUCAGGAAUUCACUGCUGGGAUGUUCAGGUUGGAGAUAACACAGACUAG